AUGGGGAUAAAAAACGAAAAGGAGAAAGAAACAGCGAGAAAUAAGUUGAGCAACAGAAUUCUACUGUUCAAGCGAAAUAUUAAACACAACUCUGCCGAAAAAUUCAUUUUAGCUGCAUUUAACCAAACAAAAGCGUUUCUGAGAUCCCACAAAAACAUUGUUAUAACAGAUGCUGACAAGGGCAAUAAGACAGUAGCAAUGUACGAAUCGGAAUACAUUGAAAAGAUAAACAAAUUACUAGAAGACAAAAACACAUACAAAACUUCAAGAACAGACCCAACGAGCACUCUGCAGAGAAAAAACAAUAAAAUAGUUGAUGAGCUCUACAAAGCCAAACACAUAAACAAAAGGGAAAAGCAGCUUCUCACCAGCACCGCAGCUGCAGCGCCAAGGCUAUAUGGCCUGCCGAAAAUUCACAAACCGCAAGAUCCUUUACGCCCCAUUGCUUCGUCAGUCAUGGUACCCUGUUACAAGUUAUCCAAAUAUGUCGGAGAAAUACUCAAGCCAUUGAUUUCAGAGAGAUACAAUGUGAAGAAUGCGUUUAAUUUGAAAGAGACAUUAACGAAUAUAAGUGUAUGUGAUGAAGAUGUUUUAGUGUCGUUCGAUGUCAUCUCCUUGUUUACGAAUAUACCGACAAUGUUAGCCACAAAAAUUAUUAUGAAAAAGUGGGACCAGAUACAACGGACAACCAGCAUUCCAAAACACAAAUUCCAACAAAUUCUUGACUUCUGCCUUAAAGAUAAUAACUACUUCAUGUGCAAUAACAAACUAUACACCCAAACAUUUGGAAUGCCAAUGGGUAACCCCCUCUCACCGACAAUUGCCGACAUCAUUAUGGACGACCUUCUGGACAACACCAUCUCGGAGCUGAAACAACACUUCAACAUUGGCAUCAAGUUUAUCAACAAAUAUGUAGACGAUAUUUUUGCAAUAACAAACCGCAACGACGUGAAUACAAUUCUAGAGACGCUAAACAAAUACCACCCAAAACUUCAGUUUACCAUGGAAAUGGAGGAAAACGCGAGCAUACCUUUCCUUGAUGUCCGUAUACACAAAAACAACAACAAUAUUGUUCUAAACUGGUACUCGAAACCAACGUCGUCUGGACGCCUGAUCAAUUAUCUCUCCUCCCAACCAAGAAAAUAUAAAAUCAACACCGCGAAAAAUCUUAUACACAAAAUACUGACGAUAAGCGACCAAAAAUUUCACGAAGCCAACAUAGACAAAAUACACAGCAUUUUGAAAAGCAACAAUUAA